AUGGCUGCUUCGGAGUCUGCAGCAGCAGCCACCCCGGAGCGGAGCGAGGUGGAGCUGGUGCCCUGGGCCCUCUAUAAAAGCAACUGGACACACCUGCAGCGGCUGGCUGCCACCAAAGCAAUCCUGGGGGGACUGCGAGAGACAGCUGCCCUUUGCCCUUCUCUCCAAAGCACUCUGCUGCCUGGGUGUGCCUCUUGUUUGCCUCGGAGCAGCAUCCUGGAGGCAGCAACGGGCAAAAUGGCAUGGGGGCUGCUGCUCCCGCUGCUGCUUCUUGCUGCCUGGGGCCCCCCCUUGGCAGCCCAAGGGGAGAAUCCCACCCCAACGGAAGUGCUUAUCAAGAAUGGGAGUCUCCGGGGCUGGCAGAUCAAAGUCAGCGGUGCUGAAAGAAACGUAGAUGUUUUCCUUGGAAUUCCGUAUGCAAAGCCACCCCUCGGAUCUUUGCGGUUCUCCCCACCACAGCCAGCGGAACCAUGGAACGGUGUCAGAGAUGCAACUUCUUAUCCCCCCAAUUGUCUGCAGGAUCCAGAGAUUGCGCAAACUCUGUCAGAGGCUUUUCUUAACAGAAGUGAAAAUGUCUCCUUGGAAAUUUCUGAGGACUGUUUGUAUUUAAACAUCUACUCACCAGCCCACUCCGACAAGAACGCUACGUUACCGGUGAUGGUUUGGAUCCAUGGAGGAGGCUUAUUGAUCGGCGCUGCAUUGACUUACGACGGGUCUGUGCUAGCAGCUUUUGAAGAUGUGGUGGUGGUAGCCAUUCAGUACCGCCUGGGCAUCCUUGGCUUUUUCAGCACUGGUGAUGAUGUCGCUCGUGGAAACUGGGGCCUCCUGGAUCAAGUGGCAGCUCUCCAGUGGGUCCAAGAGAACAUUGCAGACUUUGGAGGAGAUCCCAGAUCAGUCACUAUAUUUGGACAGUCUGCUGGUGGAUUCAGCACUUCUGCCCAUGUCCUAUCCCCGCUCUCCGAGGGCUUGUUUCACAGAGCCAUCUCUGAAAGUGGCGUCGCUCUCAUGAAGGGUCUCUUAGAUGCUCAUCCAGGAAAACUGGCUGAGGACAUUGCUCAGGCUGCCGGCUGCCGGCCCUGCAGUUCGCUGCAGAUGGUUGAGUGUCUCAGAGGGAAGACGGAGGACGAGAUCCUGCAGGCGACUCUCAGGAUGAAUUUUACCAAGUUUUAUCUGGACAGCGAUGAAAAGCACUUUGUGUUUUUCCCUGCAGUUGUCGAUGGCAUAUUUUUUCCAGAAGCCCCCAAAGACCUUUUGGCAGAGAGAAAGAUCAAUAAUGUUUCCUGCAUCAUAGGCGUCAAUAACCACGAAUGGGGCUGGAGUCUUCCUACUUUCCUACAGUUUCCGGAUGUCAUGGAGGGCUUGGAGAGAGAGACAGUCAACUCUGUGAUAUGCAGCUCAGAGCAAUUCACGGGUGUUGCUCCUGGAGAUGCUCACAUCAUUGCCAGUGAAUAUCUGACGGACGACAUGGAUCCUCUGCAACUCAGAGACCAGCUUCUGGAUUUGCUGGGAGACGCCACCUUUGUUGCUCCUGCCAUUCAAGCAGCUAAAUUCCACAGAGAUGCCGGCUACCCAGCCUAUGUGUAUGAAUUUCAGCACCCGCCGAGUUCAGCCAAAGGCCACAGACCGGACUUUGUUAAAGCAGAUCAUACAGACGAGAUUGGCUAUGUCUUUGGGAGCGUCUUCUUAGACAGUGCUUCUGAAGAAGAGAAAGAGCUUAGCAGAACUAUGAUGAAGUACUGGGCAAAUUUUGCUCGCAAUGGGAACCCCAACAGUGACGGCCUGGUCUGCUGGCCCACAUUCGGCCAGAAGGAGCAAUAUCUGGAAAUCAACUUGCAGCAAAAGGUAGCAAAGAAACUGAAAGAGAAACAAGUUGCCUUCUGGACCGAGUGUCUGCCUGGAAAAAAAACAGGAAAGUAAAAGACGGUGCCCUGAGUUAUAGAUCUGCAGGGUCCUGACCACCAGUUAAUAUCCCUGGCAGCAGAUGUCUGACUAUUGAGCAUUUUAUUUGCUUGAUGGUAUAAUGAUUUUAAUUUACCUUUUACUUCACUGCUUUUAUAUUGCUUUUAUGUAGCUUGUAUACAUUAUUUUAACCAAAUUAUACUUUUAGUUGCCAUACUUUUAAGGAUAGCUAUUCAUUUACUCUAUUAAUCUUCCUACAGGUUUUUAGGCUUAGCCGGUAGCAUUUUACUUUAUUAAUUCCAUACAGUUUUUAGAGUUGUAUUUUACUGUUAUAAUCAUACGUAGCUUCUAGAGUUAUAUUUUAUUUAGCAUGAGUUUUAUUAUACUGUAUCUGUACAUUUUCCUGUGCUGAUCUUUGACCGUAAUAAAGAUGAUUGAAUGAUGGA